AUGAAUCUGAGCCUGACGCGGCCUUCCAGUUAUGUAUAUUGUCAGCCUGUAGCAUGGCGCCUCCGGGAUGAAUUGGUCGUGCUCGUUUGGAGGGAUCAAACACCGGCUGAACAGCAAGUUACCGUAAUUAGCAGCCUGAUGAUCGGAAAAAAUACAGCUAGAAUGGUGUACAGUUUUCCAUUCGCUGGAUCGUGCAGUGAUACAUUUAUUUUCAAGUUGCAUCACAGUGCGAUUUGGCCGGUGGAGAAUCUCCGGUUAAGCCUCGUUAAGCAGACGAGGGUACAGGCGUUCAUGUGUUUGUACCACUUGGUAGCUGAUGGUGGUAUGUGUUCAGUUUUUAGUAUGGUAUGGGGAAUGCAGUCGUCGAGGCACUUGUGGUUAGUGAAUGAUGCCAUGUCGGGGACUCAAAUGAAUUUCCAAAAAAAAAGUUGUGAAAGUGUCUUGGUUGCUUCCUGUAACAGGGGGGUGUUCUCUCCCUGGUUAUCGGAGGUUUACUUGGUACGGUCUUUCAGCCGUGUCUUUCGUUGUUCUUCAGUAUGCCCUUUUCGCAUUGAGUUUAAUACGUCUGAAGAUUCGUUAGUUGUUAUUGACACUGAUAGGUUGGGUAUCUGGCAUCGAUGGGGUGAUUGUUUUAAUAUACCAGUUGGUAUGGCUGGUCGCGCAAAAAAAUCUCAGAGUGAUGGGCAUUGCAUUCGUGUCUAG